UAAGAAGUGACAUGACUAUAUUAUUUUAUCAAAUAAACAAUGAAAAUGAGUAAAAAAUGAAUAAAGUUUGAUCUUGUAAAUGGUAAAAAACACAACUUAAAUUGAAAUGGAGAGAAUAUUUUUUUCUUCAAGUUCGCCCCCAGUGGUUUUGAAUCCUGGAUCCGCCACCGCCACUUCCAGUUGCCGUUGAAAUCGUGAGUCCACCACAACUGACCCCGUCAAGAUCUUUGUCACUGCCUUAGCUCCUUAGAGUUUUAACCCUCCACCCCGAGCUAAAAAAAAUAACAACUCACCUUUGUUAACACUCUCUGAGACCACCCAUCUAGCAAUUAGCUUCUUUCGAUCUGCCCAUCUUGCACCGCCGCAGCAACACCUGCAGGACACGCCGCCCGACCUCUUCCUGCCGGGAAGACUUUCAACACAAGACAUAAACCACAGUUUUCCACUCCGCUAGACCACCGAUCUCCUCAGGUCCUGUUCUCGCACCAUACUUCACAAAAGCCAGCAUGUCGCUUCAUACCUGGUCCUCAUGCCAUCCACUUUGUUCUUGAAGUUCCAUGGUCGCCUUCUGGCAAAAAUCGACCAGUCCCUGGGUUCUCAAAAUUUCUCCUUUUACCGCUUAAAAAUCCCUCCUGCUCAGCGCAACCAAGCUCCGAUACCAAUUGUUGGGAUUUUAAGCGCGUAAGAUACCAAAAAUAUUGAGAACACCAGAAAAAUGAGAGCACAAACACAAGAAGAAUAUAUGAGAGAAAAAAUUGUAUUUCCACUAUUUCAGGACAAUAUACAAAAAACUCUCCCAUGUUUACAAGACUAAAUUUCACACACUCAUAAACAGAUCUUUCACACCCUACACUUGGAUGUAUUUUCGAGUAACUGAAUAAUAGUUACUCCCUACACUCACUCACACAAUAUUGGUGAUAUCUUGUGUAGCACCUCUCUCUUCACACCCUUUCUCUCUUGGCCGUGUGUAAACCCACACACAAAUAUAAGGAAAAACAUUCCUCUUAUAAGAGGCCAAAUUGUUUAAUAAAAAGGAUUGAAUCUUUGAUUUGGUUUGUUUUUGUUGGAUUAAUUUGACUUUGAAGGAAUUUUAGCCUUUGUGCUACUGUCAAAUCUAAAUUCGAAAAGGUGUUUGAAAACAGGUCUUUGUUUAAACUUGGAUUAGAUUAAUUUAGGACGGCCGCCUAAACUCUAAUUCCAAUUGACAGUUUUAAGAUCUUGACAUUUUUGUGGGAAACAUCAUUCAUCGCCCAGAUUUCAUACCCAAUCUCACAUCUGUCAAGAACUUCACAAAAAAAUCAGAUACAAUCCAGUAAAAUGCUGAUGUUGGAAUCCGCUGCGGCUGGCGGUGUCAGAAUUCCAUCCCGGAACUUUUAUCGCCUCUUCUCACGGUCCGCCGGACAUAGGAGUCGAGUUAGAGGAUUGACGGAAACUUCUUGCGGGAAGAAGUUCUGGAGGGACAAUAAAAGAAUUAGGGCUUCCUCUAAGGAACAAUUCAGCUCUUCCGGGUCGGAGCCUGUAAAGAGGAGUGUGAAGCCGAUGGGAUAUCAUCAGUUGGAGGACAUUGCUGUGUCGGAGUUAAAGGAGGAGGGUGAAGCACGACUUACGCCUGCUGAAACUACCAGAACAUUAAUUGAGGUUAACAAUAGCGCAACACUUGUGUUUACCGGUGUAGCGAGCAAUGAAACACAUGAGAACAUUUUCUGUCAGGAUUUACCUUAUCUAACUGAUGAACAUGGAAGCAUUUACUUUCAAGUAAUGGAUGAAGAAAACCUUCUGCAAAAUCUGACAAGCUAUGAAAACCAUGUGCAAGUUUUUAUUGGCCUAGACUCUGUAGACGUGCUAAGUGAAAUGCAGUCAUUCAUCCAAUCAGAAAUUGAUUUUGGCAUUGAUGAAUUUGAUGACGAGGAUGCUAUUAUUAAUGGUGACUACAGUGAUGACAAUGAGGGUGACAUUGACGAUGAUGAUCAUGGCGACGUCAAUGAUUAUGAAGAGGAAUGGGAUACUGUUCUUGACCAUGAAGAUGACGGGGAUGAUGGUUCUGAAGGAUCAUUAGUUGACUGGUCAAAGUUGGAGACCAUGCGAUCUUCUCAUCCUAUGUAUUUUGCCAGAAGGCUUACCGAGGUUGUAAAUGAUGGUCCAAUAGAUUUUAUGGAACAGUCUCCAGUAGGCCUAUCAAUACAAGGCAUUCUAAGGACAGCCUACAUUGAAGAACACACGAUCCUCCAAAAGCAGAUUUCUGACAACGAAUUCAGUGAUAUGGAUUGGAGUCAAAAUGCAAAAUCUUCAGCUUGUAAAGAAAGAAGUAUUGCUGGGAUAAAUGGCCACGGACACAAAAGUGGAUCAGAUCAAGAUGACUCAAAAUGUGCAGAGGAAUUGGAGAAGGACGAAGGCCCGGGAAAUGGAACCUCAUUUUACAAACUAGAAAUGGUUAAGAUUCAGUUUAUUUCUGCUCAUGGGCAUCAGACUGAUGUUGAAAUAGAAGAUUUCAGGAGAGCUCAGCCUGAUGCAAUUGCACAUUCGGCAGUAAAAAUAUUGUCUCGUUUUAAAGCUGGUGGUGAAAAGACCAUUCAAGCUCUCAAAUCUCUCUGCAUGCGACAAAAGGGUAUCCAAGUGGAGGAAGUAGCUCUGAUAGGUGUGGAUAGCCUUGGUAUUGAUCUGAGAGUUUGCUCAGGAACACAAGUCCAAACAUUACGCUUUCCCUUUAAAAAACGGGCCUCCUCAGAGUAUAGUGCCGAGAGACAAUUGAACAAUAUAUUGUUCCCAAGGCUCCCAAAGUUGCAACAGAGGAAAAAAGCUCAGCAAGCCGAAUCUUAGUUGAUCAAGUUGUCAACUUUAUGUCCUUGGCUGUGAGGAUAUUGCACAUUAUAGAUUCAAGGUGCUUUACUCUGUUCCAUCAUUUUUUCUCUCCCUGCAUAUAUAACUCUUGCUGAUAAGUACUGGCAAUACAGAAUUGCAGAUCCGCUCAACGAACCUUAUAACAUAUGCUAAUUUGUAGUAAUACAGAAUAAAUUAUGCCGAGUCCGAAUGUUAUAUGUAGUACAGAGUAUUAUAUAAUUAAUAUUAGAUGACGUCGCCCCGAUUCUUGUUUGGCAAUCGGUUUCUUUGUCAAAU